CUCUCACGAGUGCGCCCCUGAAGCACGCCGGGAAACCCAGUUCACGUGUCACCAUGGCAACCGUGCCCCACUGGGACGUCAACAUAAAAUGUCAACCGCUCAUGACUUUUUCCAGCCGAUAUUGGCGAGCUAAAGAGUCACACUAUUACCUAACUGGUAGUAAUAUGUACAUUAUUGGGUAGUAUAUGUUUGAGUUGGAAUAAGAAGAGAGAAGAUGUCGGAUAUAUUGUGCAGGUGGCUGAACGAGGAGCUCCGGCUCUCAAAAGCUGUUGACCCAAAGACCUUUGCCAAGAAUUUCUCCAGUGGUUACUUACUUGGGGAGGUUCUGCAUAAAUAUCAGCUGCAGAACGACUUCAGUAUGUUUAUGAAGAAAGACACCUCCAUCGCCAAACUGAAUAAUUUUACCCGCCUUGAGCCUACACUGCAGUUACUGGGGAUCUCUUUCGACAUAAACACAGCCCAGGAACUGAUGCAGGAGAAGCAGGGUGUUGCCACACGCCUCCUUUACCAACUCUACGUCUCUCUUGAGAAGAUGAAGAAAGCACAAAUCAGUGGGACAGUGAUGGAAAUCAUGCUGCCUGCAGCCAAUGCCGGCCUGCACAAAAAAGAGCAUGAGAUCUACUCUGAUCGACUGCAUCAAGUGGUAAAACGUGAUGCAGAGCUGAAGUUACAGAAGAUUUCUCAGCAUUAUGAGGAAAAAUGCCAACAGUGGAACGACAGGUCUGUGAUGACCCAUCCUAUCCAGCCAAAGAGACAACUCAAAGUCCAGGACAUCCAGAGAACAAAGAAUAUUGAGAAGGUUCCCAAGCCACCUCCCUACACUUCACAGCUCAACCUAAAGAGGAGACAACAGCAGCAGCAACGCAGAGCACAACAUGCACAGACGGUCCAGACUGAAAUAGCCCGGUUUGAGACAAACAAGAAGAAGGUUAAUUAUGGUUUUGCUUCCUCCUCAAGUGGUCAGCCCUGCUCCGGAGAUUUACCCCUUGGUGGUAGCAGUGAUGUGCCUGGAAGUGGAGCUAAGCUGAUUUUACAAUCCAAUAGCAAGUAUAUACAGGAUAUCCGACAGAGGUUGCAGGAGAAUGCUGUAGCUCGUGAGCAGAGAGAGAAAAGACGAGGCAGAUUCCUUGUGGAGCAGCUCAAGGCCCAUGAAGCCCAAGAGGAGGCAGGGCGAGAGGAGCAGCUGGUAAAACGUUUGACACGUCAGACUCAGCAGGAGCAGCGUUUGGCAACUCAGCUCCUUCAGAUGCGAAUGCAGAAGGAGGUAAUCCGGAAGAACCGCCUGUUCAGAGAGCAGCAGUACCAGCAGCGCAGAGAGAGGGACUUCCAGGAAGCUCUGGAGAGGCAGGCGGCUUUGGCUCAGCAGGCUAAGUUGGAACGUGCUGAAGAGAUCAGAAUGGAGCUUGAAUUCUAUAACAGGAUUGCAGCUGAGCGAGCACAGAGCAGAUACAAGAAGCACUUUGCGAGCUGCAAGAACAUUUUGGAGCAAAUUGUGGACUUGGCCACCAAGAUUGGAGAAUAUCGACUGCUCACUGGGAAUUUGAUUCCAGAGAAGCUGAUGAGAGAGUGGAAGGAAUUGCUGUUCAGUGGUCUGCCUCUCUAUGAGCCGAUAACGGGCCGCCAGCCAGGGUUUGAGUUCUCUACCCCACUAGACCCUGUAGAGCUUAAGAAGCAGGAGAUACUCAACAACCAGGACUAUAAUGAAUACACUAACAUGGUAGGGGAGUGGGCAUGGCCAGAGGAAGCAGGGAAGACCAAAUUACCCCUGACCAACAACAACAUUCUUGGACACGUUGUCCUGCGGCUGAGGAACAUUGUUCAUCAACCCAUCAUGGAAUCCUCCUCGACUUCAUUUCCUUCAUUUACCCUCAAGGCUUGUGUCCUGGGCAAGUUUUGCUCUGGCAAGACCACCUGCCUGGCCAAGAUUGCUGAAGCCCAUGGCAUCUAUGUCUUAUCAGCUGACACACUGAUCGAGGAGGCAUUGAAUGCUUACCAGAAUGGAGAGGAGGCCACAGAGCAGGAAGAGAAAAACAAUGAGCAACUGCUCACAUCCUCCACAUCACUGAAACCUGAUCUUGACACUCCAGAGGAAAGUGGAGACAGUAAUCUAUCUACCCGGGCCAAGCAGGGAGCAGCUGCAGAAAAAGAGCUGAGGAAAGGCAAUGCCAUCCCUAAUGAGCUGUUAGUGGACAUUAUAGUAGAGGCUAUCAGGCAGAUUCCAGCUCGGUCAGGUUGGAUCCUGGAUGGCUUUCCUGUGGACAUCACCCAGGCUUACCUGCUAGAGAAAGCCCUGGGUGGUUCUGUAGAUGAAGGGGAGGACGUUGAAAGCAGCAGUACAAACCUUGUUGCUGAUCCUAAUCCACCUAAAACUCCACCACCCUUAGCUCCUGUACUGGACCUUGCUCUGCUGCUGGAUAUCCCAGAUGAGUGUGUGGUCAGACAUGCAUUCAAUCAGACAGAUACAGAUACUACUGCUGCUGCAGCCUCAGAUCCUACAGACAAGACCUUGUAUCUGGCACAGAUUCAACACAGGAUCACAGCUUUUCAGGACACUUGGCCGAAACUAGAGAAAUGGUUUGGUGGAAAGCAAAACAUUUUGGUCCAUAUUGAUGCAGAUGUAGACGAGGAGGAGCUUUACACAAGAGUGGAGUCUGUCAUGCUGGAAGUUAGGAUGCAAACACCGGAAGCUAUUGUUGAAGAUGUAGUAUUGGACAGUGGAAAAGCUCAAGACUCCUCUUCCUCAGCCACACUUCCACCUGUAGACCAACCUACAGCCCUCACAGACGAAGCCACUGGCCCCACAGAGUCCUGUUCCAGCUUUAAUGAGGAAAAAGGCGUCAAGUCACUUUCCAAGUCCAACACACACACCCCCAGAGGGCAUUCUAGGAAGGCAUCAACUUCCUCAAUGACAAAUGAGGACUCUCAGGCAUUCCCCAACCCGCCUGAUUCUGCCUCUUCCCGCCCAGGUUCUUCCAGCUGGGUCUAUGUCAAUGAACCCAUUCCUCCAGAGAUCCCAGAGUACCUGUGCUCCCACUGGGACACAGUGUGUGAUUCUUAUGUGAACAACGUGAAGACCGUGAUGCAGCAGCUGCGCUCACAAUGCACCGUUAUUAACCAUCACCUAUACAACAUCAGAGAGGAGUACAAACAUUACCUGGGGCGUCCAGACUUGAAGCAGGAGUUAGUGACUCAGUGGCAGAAGGACUUCAACAACAUACCCGAUGAUAUGAGAGAAGAUGGGGAAACCAAAGCAGAGCUACAUCAGAGACUGGAUGAACUGUGUGAACGUUUGUGGGACAUGAGUGACAAACGUAAGGAGGAGGAUGAGCAAGAGAGAGAUGCUCUCAUGGGUGAAGGCUGGUUGGAGGACCACACUGCCGUCCUCGUCAACCACCACUCUGUACUCAUACAGGUGGAGCUGGACCGUUUCCAUGCCACUCUCUGUAUUCUUAAGGUCUACUAUUUGAGCAUGUACAGUGUUGUGCUGCCUGAGUUAUCCUCCAACUUUGUCUGUAUUCCCCUACUGGACUCCCCAGAGAUUAAGGAUCAGGACGACAGUACUGAUCCAGUGGGCGCUGGUGUUGAUGACGGAGAAGACAAGAGGAAAACUAAAUUACACCCUGACUCCUCAGUAGGGGCCUCCAAGAUGAAAGGCCAGGGGCAUACAGAACCUGUCAAGUCACCCGAUGAGAAACUGAUCUUCGACUACGAGGAGGCACUCACAGCUAUCCGCAAAUUGGUGUUAGCAGAAGCCCACAAGAGGGAGACAAAAGAGCACAAGGAAAGAGUACAAGAUAAGGAGAGGGCGAAGGCCGCUGCAAGUCCACCAUCCCCACCUCCAGCACCCAGUCCUGCUGCUGAUGACAAAGACUCAGAGAAGACUCAUGAACAAGAAGUAAAAAACAAAAUACACAAAGAAUAUGCAGCUGCACUGGAUCAUGAGGAAAAUGCAGCAAAGGUGCGCAUAGCGCUGGUGAAAGGACAGGGUCUGUUGAGGUUGCAGUCCCUGCAAAGCAGAGCUGAACAGGCCUCAAGCAGCAUGAAGAAGUGGUUAGAAGCACACUACGUUGCAGAAAUGAAGAGUAUUGAACAACUAUCAGAAGUGGUUGGCCACCACAUAGAGGCUGGUGCUAAGUUGCAGAAUCAGCUUGUGUUGGAAUAUACUGACUUCUACCUGAAUGGAGACUGCCACAUGGUGGCUAGCCUGCCUCCCCCUCCCCGUCCACCUGCUCUGGAGAAACCCACACAGUCCACCCCGACCAUCACUCAGCUAGAGUCACUCCACCAACAGCUAUGCACUGUUGCUCCGUCAGGCCUCAUGUCCAGUUCAGGGUUCUCCAGUUUGCUUAGGGAUAUCACCUCUGUUAACUUGGGCAAGAACACCUUGCCUGAGCCCUGGAUUGACAAGAAUGAAACACAGUUGAUGGAGAUUGUAUCUCUGCUAACAGACCAAUAUGAGCUGAUAGACUGGCGUCAGUUUCUGCUCAGUGCUGCCCUCCCUUGGCCAUUUCCCUCCUUAACACAGCUGCUGGUUGUGUUACAACGUUUCAAGGCAGCAGAUAAUGGGGACACAGGCUAUAUAAACGAGGAACAGUACCUACAAACAGAGUUGUGGUUUUCCAAUGAGAGUGUCCAGCCUGUCCCUGAGGACCCCUCUGAGCCUCUACCUUACGACCGUCUAUUUAACCUGCGCAAGUUCUUUUUCCAGUUGUUUGCGGACCACUCUUUCUCUCCCCCUCGACUGGACUAUGUGUACAUGCUACAAUACUUUGCAGCCGACCCCAACCCUAGACAGGGAUUCAUCAGAGCACUUAGUGUGGUGCUGGGGCAACAUCUCGAACUCUCCUCACUGGGCCACCUUGUCAAGUCUAUGCCCAGUUUAGAGGAAGCUACAGAGCUCAGCCCCGCAGAACUUGAUGGAGAGUACAAGGAAGAAGGGACUCCAGGUGCAUCAAGCUGUUCGUUGGGCGAGCAGAACGUGUCGAUCGCUGCUCUUCUUGCUGUGGUCUGCCACAACGUCACCAAGGUGAAAGAUGACAGCCCCCUUCCUCCAGGCUGCCUGAGUUGGGAGGAGCACACUGAGCACCUGGUGCAUAUAUUCAGAGAGCUGGGCUAUAAGCCUGAGGACGGUGUCCCCUUCUCCGUUCUCUCUCAGCAUGCUUUCAUCCAGGGCCUGAUGGAGACCUCAACACACUACCAGCUCAUCGACAUUCAUAGAGUGCUACUGUCCCAUCGGGAGUAAGGAGAGGCCAACAGCUUGACAGUUUCCUAAAGGAUAAGACAUAUACAGUACAUAUAUACUGCUGUCUGCACCACAAAUACCUCUUUCAUUUAGGAAAUACAAAAGAUGUUGCUUUGGAUAUUUUGAAGUAUUCGCAUUACAUUUAUGUUUGAAAUGUUUGAUGAAAUGUAUUGCUUACUUCA